CCGACGCGGCUCGCGUGCUCUCAUUCCACAGGCGGGAUUCCCUCGAGGUGUGGCGCGCGGCGAGGGCGCUGCCCUCCUCGGAUUGUUGAGCCUGGCGGCGGUCCCCUCGUCAUCCAAGUCCAGAGCAGCUUUGGAGGCAUGGAUCAACCUAGGCUGUGCCAAGCCACAGGUCUAAACGUGCUCCGCACCAAUGACUCUGACCAGGCCAGGAAUUGCAGCACUGAAGAAAGUUACAUCUACCAAGAUGGCACCCCGUUCUCCUGGAAGGUUGUCCUCACCAUCAUCUUGGCUCUUAUCACCUUGGCCACCAUAUUGUCCAAUGCUUUUGUUAUUGCCACUGUCUACCAGACUCGUAAGCUCCACACCCCAGCCAACUAUCUCAUAGCUUCCUUGGCAGUCACUGACCUUCUGGUAUCCCUCCUUGUCAUGCCUAUCAGUACCAUGUACACUGUGACUGGGAAAUGGACCCUUGGCCAGAUUGUGUGUGACAUUUGGCUCUCUUCAGACAUCACUUGUUGCACUGCUUCCAUUCUCCAUUUGUGCGUGAUUGCCCUGGACAGAUACUGGGCCAUCACGGAUGCAGUUGAGUAUUCUACUAAAAGGACUCCAAAGAGAGCAGCAGUUAUGAUCAUCCUGGUGUGGGUCUUCUCUAUCUCCAUCUCAAUCCCUCCUUUCUUCUGGCAGCAGUCUAAAGCUGAAGAGAUGGCUAACUGUGUGGUGAAUUCAGACCACAUCUUAUAUACCAUCUAUUCCACAGUGGGGGCCUUCUAUUUUCCUACCUUGCUGCUGAUUAUCCUCUAUGGAAGGAUCUAUGUGGAAGCCAGAUCUCGGAUUUUGAAACAGACGCCAAAGAACACCGGCAAAAGGUUGACCCGGGCUCACUUAAUAACAGAUUCCCCUGGGUCAACAUCCUCUGUCACCUCUAUAAAUUGCAAGGCCUCAGAGGCAUCCAGUGAAAUGGGGUCUCCUGUAUAUACGAACCAGGUCAAAGUGAAAGUAUCAGAUGCUUUUCUGGAAAAAAAGAAGCUGAUGGCUGCCAGAGAGCGGAAAGCAACCAAGACUUUAGGGAUUAUUUUAGGAGCCUUCAUUGUGUGCUGGCUACCUUUCUUUAUCAUUACGUUAGUGUUGCCUAUUUGUAAAGAUGCUUGCUGGUUCCACAUGGCCAUCUUUGACUUUUUCACAUGGCUGGGAUAUCUUAACUCUCUGAUCAACCCUAUCAUCUACACUAUGUCCAAUGAAGACUUCAAACAAGCAUUUCACAAAUUGAUACGGUUCCGAUGUGCAAGUUGAAUUAUAAGUGCAGUUAAAUGUAAGUCUCCAGAGUCGGAGGCUUGAAUGAAUGCAUUUUGUGUGUCUGGUUCUUCAGGUAGGUGGAUUAUUCUUACCAUGCUACUGUCUCUCCAGAAAACAGUAUCUUUUAAUGGCAGAAUGGAGUUCAAUAGAGAGGAGAACCGUGCCAGUUAGCAAAGGUUCUCAUUCAGGGUAGAGGUAACUACAAAACAGCCUCCCUCUGAGCCUGGGUUUAAAAAUAUGCUGCAUCUUACUCUGUUCCCACUAAUGUUGCUGAAGAAGUCUUUUUGGCCUUAAAAUGAGAGUUUAAUCCUGGAUUAUGCCUUGUAGAGCCAUUGUGGUAGGAACUGGAAAGGUAUUGGACAACUUCUGUGGAGACACCUGAUCCAGCGUGACUGUACUGUACUUGAACUAAGUGACUGUCAUCCCAUCUCUUCUGCUAGGAGAUCUUUGCCUCUCAGACAUCUGUGUUUGAAAGUGCUUUGCCAUGUUUCCCUCCUUUUUCCUGCUAGCUUGCUAAAUUAAAGACUAUGCAGAGUAGAUUAUAAAUGAAUUGCGCAUGAUGCUUAGUAGUGAUAUGGAUCAGAGAUCUGGGAGAACUAGUACUGAUAGUCUUACGAUAACCACUCCUUCACUUGCUUAUAAUAAAUGGGCUGGAGGAAUGUUGGGGAAGCAAUCAAAUAUAGACAAAACUCAGCAUGAGAAAAGCAACUCAUCUUUUUUUCUUUUUUUUGUACAGAUGUGCCUUCUCUUUUGUUUAACAACUUGUCAUAGUAACCAAAAAAGCCAAACUGUUAUGUGUGCAUAUGUUUGUGUGAGCGCAUGCAUGGCGGCCUGUGCAAUCAAGUGCCAAAGCUUGCAAACUGCUUUUUUCUUUUUCCAUGUUCAGUUCCCUCCCCUCCCUCCCUCCCUUUCUCUCUUUUUCUUCUUUCUUUCCAUCCUUCAUGUUUUUAAAUAAGUGAUUAUAUGCUAUUCUUCUGUUCAUUUGCAUUUUAAUUUUAGUUAAAACUUUCCUUUCAAAGCUAUUAAACAUACUUAUACUGUUUGCUUUCAAAAAGAAAAGUUGAUGUUUAUUCCUUACGUGGACACUGAAUAAACUGCAGUUACCAUGAGUGUAAUAAUUCUUAUUAAAUGAGCCUUUUUCCCCCUAAAAAGAACUCUUUCUCUCCAGUGCAAGGAAAUUUUCCCUUAUCACUGAUUUCAUAAGCAGAUUUUCAGAUCUUGUCCUAUUCAGUUCCUAAAGGAAUCUACUCUCUUUUCCAGACGCUAUCUAGUAGUACAAAACCUCAUCUGCGGUUUUAAUUUCCCUUGUCCUUAUUUUUCACUCAUCUCCUCUCACAUAUCCCAUCCCAUCCUUUCCUGAAAUACUUUGACAAACUGAUUGAAUGAAUGGUUCGUCUACAUUAUUAAUGUCACUAAGGCAAUAAGGCAGGAGAGGACUCAGUUUCAGCACUUGAGAAAGCUGCAGAGUUUCUUUGUUAUCUGCCUAAAGCCCGGAUGCAAAGAGUGAGUCUUACACAAUAUUCACUGCUUUGAAUAAACACUGUACUUAGAAAAUCCUAUUACAAUACAUGCUUGCUAUGUUAUAUAAUCCUUAAAAGGCUUCCAACUGCAUACAUCCCCUACUAUUGAAGUUAGUAAAGGCAUUACUAAAAUAGCUUUCAUUGUGUAGGACAGUCUGAUACCGGUCCCCUCUGAAUUAUAAACUUUUUUGGUGGGGAGGAGGGAUCCCCCAGGAACAGAUUUUGUCUUUGAUUUCAAAUUAAUAAUGGCACAUCAGGCCAGAAACCUUGCAAAGUUUUGAUUAGAAUCUUUUUAGAGAGAUUUCUUCCUGUGAUCUGGGUCAGGAUUGGUAAUAGCUUCCUUUGCCCAUGUGUUGGGUUAAGUAGAAAAUCUGACUAAUGCUUCUCUAUAGUGAUAAAAAUAGAAGUAUAAACUAAGACUUCAACGUAUAGUAAAGCUGCCCAAAUGAGGAAUAGGAAAGAAGAAAAGAAAAUCCUCUGUAUCAUACUUCUGCAAGAUCUAGAGAGCUGCACCAGUGAUACUUCACGUGACCCAUCUUAACAACAAGGUUAUUUUCCUGUGGUACCUGAUUCCAGCAGCCAUAUUAAGGAAGCACAAUGGGGACUUAUUGCUGCUACCUCAUAUUUUUCCACAUUCUCAUAUGGAAUUCCUUUGCAAUUUUUUUUCCUAUAAAAGUAGGACUUCAACAGUGAUAUUGACAAUUUUAUUUCCCCCUCCCCUGAAAAAUUCAUAUGAUGUUUUCACAGUGUAAGUCACUUUCACCAAUCCCUGCUAGACAGUUCCUUUAUUUUAUUUAUAAGGUGUAUAUACUAUCAAGCAAAGAAUCUCUAGGUUCUUUAUUCCAAGAGGCCUAAAAUGUAAAUAAUGUCUGAGAUUAUAACAAAUAGGUGGAGGAAAGAAAUGACAAGUGAAUGUCAACACACACAGUAAAAACUUAUAUUCUGGUUUUGUUGAACUGAAAUAAAGAUUAAAUUGGGUUGGAUUUUUAAUGCAGAACUGUAUGGUACUCUUAUUUAAAUCCAGUUCUUAAAAAUGAUGUCUGAGUUCAUGAAGAAAUUGAAAAUGAAUACUUUACUGACUUUGCAAACAACCUUCCUCUGCAUUUCUACCUGGUUUUCAUGUGUUUAUGUCUGCCUUUUUUUUUCAUGUACAGUAGCUUAUUCCCAAUUCUUUUUUGUUGUUGUUGUUGUUGUUGUUGUUUAUAAAGAGCUGCUAAUCUCAUUCUGAAGGUCCUGAAAUGUAAACUUUUGCACUGAAAUGAACUGUACACUGUGGCAUAACUUCUUCAGGUUGCUUGUUUAUGGAAAGCAAAUGGUUGUUCAAGAAAUAGUCAUUUUUGUUUUAAAUCAGUGAGUGUUGAUACUGUAACAUUGAUACUUACUUAGUCACCAUACUUCUCAGACAGGAGAUGGAAUGGACUGCUUAUCUCUUAAUACUGUUUGCACUACUGCAGUUGUCUUCAGAAGUGAAGCACCUUGCGCUUAUGUUUUGGGAACGUAGGAGAAAUGUGAAAGUCCUGUCCUUUCAUCUUUUUAAUCAAUCUGGUAUUUAAAGAAUAGCCAUUUGAUGCUGUGAUCUUACAGAUUAUUUUUUUUUUCCCAUAUGUAUGGUACUGUUAACUGAGGAAUCCAAAAUCAUCUGAAAUACUAGCCACUGUUCCGAUCCUCUAGGUUGUUGGUGUAAACAAUUGGAACCUACUUUAUUAUAUAUUUUUACUCAUUAUUUUUUGAAGAUUAGAUAAAUUAUCUCUACAUCAUAAGCCCAGCAGUCAAAAUUUUAAAAUUCAGACUGUGUUGUUCUGUUCCACUUGCCUUGAAAGGAUUGCAUUACAAGUGUUUGUCUUAAAUGUAUCUGAAAAUCAAACAAUAAAAAAGCUUUACUGUGAUAACAAGAGUAUUUAGUAGAAAUUGUGUUACUAAGGAAGAUGAUAUUUGUUUACUAGACUGAAGCUUUAUAUGAUGAUGAUGAGACAGUAGGAAAAGGUAAUUAUUAAUUGUGGCUGAAAUUGGCAAUUGUAAUUAGGAGCCACAACAAAUUUAAUACACUUCAUCAAAUAUGUAGAUGAUAUCCUUAACAGUGACUGGGUUCAUAAUACACAAAGCCAUGGUUACCUGAAUAAGUGACAGUUGUCUGGAUUCACGUAACAUGGUAAGCAGUAAACCAAGUAUAUGAUAGUUUAACCAGGUACACGAAGCCAGCCAAUGUAUCUGAUGGAGUUCAUUUUAGGUCCAUGUACUCUUAUUUGUUUUGGGAAUGCUCCAAGACAAUAUAUUAUUUGUUUAAUUUAGUACAUGUAUGCUGCCUUUUUCCCAUCGCAUAAUUCAAAGGAUAUUCAUCGGGGUUUUCAGAUCAUCUCUUACCAGGCAUAAAGCUGUUCAGAUUCAGCAAGAGAGCCACAUCAUGUGUCGCUCUCUUUUAGGUAUCUUUUUAUAAAGGCAUUAAUUCUGAUAUUUAUUUUUUCUUCCACUGGAGACAUUGUUAGGUAAACCCAAGACGCCUAGCAACUGAAAGUGGUAACUUUCCCCUUUCCCCUUUGCUAGUAAGUGAAGCUGGCUUGGAGAGGCAGAGAACAAUCUAUGUUGAGCAGGGCACAUGGAAGCAGCGUCGGGAGCCCCUUUUAUAUGGCACACAUCCCAUGAUGUGCGUACUUGAAAUCAAGACAGACUCUGGGCUAAAGAAAAAAUCCUUAUUCCAAUUAGUUGCAAGCAAUUUAAUAAUUCAUUGUCCAAUUGGCUUAAAAUACUAAGUGUUUUUUCUUUGCAGUUAUUGACAGAAAUGAGAAUAGUUUUCUUCUCCCUUUAGGUUUACGUAUCAAAAUUCCAGGCCUUUCUUAGAUGCAAAAAUAACUUAAACAGAAUUGAUUUAUUUACUGUGCUUGCCAACUAAAUGAAUUGAGGUCUCAUUUCUCUUGCAUACGAGAUUCCCAUUAACUGUAUUAAAUGCAUUUUGUGAAUGCUGCUGACUGGAAACUUGAAUACAGCAUUCUAGUUAUCUAAAGUUCAGUUUUCUCAUUAAGGCUCAAUUAAGAAGUUAAUCAUGCUUAAAUUCCAUUGUGGGACUUAUAACAGAUGGGAUUAACUUUGUUUUUGAUGUCAAAGAAUCAAGAAAAGGACUUUGUUUUAAAUCUGGGGACCCAUGCAUGGAGGAGUAGCAGUACUAUUCAUGGUCCCAGUAUCCACUUGUUGAUAAUAGCACACAUGUAUGCCUAUAGGUUCUUUUCCUACCGUUGGAUAAUUACAAAUGCAUGGGCCUGAUCAUGGGAAGAAAAACCAUCCAUAUUCAUCCUCUGUAUCUAGAAGCUCUGUUUGCAAAGGAGUACACAUGUUUUUUGUAAAGGAGGAUCAAGAUAAAAUAAUUAUUUUCUUUUGGGAUAACAAAACAGGCCUCUAAGAAGGGUAAUAGUGAAACUCUAAUAUAAAGCUUACCUACUUACCUAAAUGUCUGAAUAUUCAUUCCUUGGUUGUUGUCUCAUGCUAUAUAUAUCAAUUAGGAUUAAAUAUUUCCUCAAAUCUAAAUACCUAUGAGAUGCAUCUGUUUAAAAAGAAUGUACAUUUAAGCACUUGUAAGCCAUUAGAGACUUCCAAAAUUAUUCUAACUUUUUGAACAUUCAUUCUAAAAUAUGAAUUUUUCCGGUAGGAAAAUGUAUUUUCUCAAAUGUGUUCCCCGAG